GGAGAGGGAGGCAAUGCCACGGCCCACCGUCAGAUCACGCACACGCGGCACAUCGCGCAUUCAUGGCACGGGGAGUAACGGGCGACGCCGGGGGAAGCAGCGCCGCCGCCGCCGCGGCCGAGCAGGGGAGGGGGGCCGCCGCGCCGGCUCCGGUUCCGACGUGGCAGCGGGUGCGGAGGGCCGGGCAGGGGGCGGUGGCGCACGCGCUGCUGCUCUGCUUCACCGCGCUCCUCGCGCUCAAGCUCGACGGCGUCGUCUCGCUGUCCUGGUGGGUGCUUUUCAUCCCUCUAUGGUUGUUCCAUGCUGUUGCUGCUCGAUGUCGAUUCUCGCUACCUGCUCCAUCAGCACCUGAAAGUUGUCAACAGGUGCCGUGCCAUUCCAUUGUCGCCACACCCUUGCUAGUUGCUUUUGAGCUGCUUCUCUGUGUUUACCUGGAAAGCCUCAGUGGUCAUGGGGAUCCUUUCAUAGAUUUAAAGCUUGUCUUCCUUCCACUCUUGGCUUUGGAAAUCAUUACACUGGUUGACAACUUCAGGAUGUGUGGUGCUCUAAUGCCUGGGCAUGGAGAAACUAUAACCGACGAAGCAAUUUGGGAGAGGCUUCCUUACUUCUGGGUUGCAAUUUCCAUGGUAUUUCUACUAGCGGCUACUUCACUCAUGCUUCUGAAGUUAUGUGGUGGUGCAGUUACCCUGGGGUGGUGGGAUUUAUUCAUUAAUUUUGGGAUUUCCCAGGGCUUUGCUUUUAUGGUAUGCACAAGAUGGUCAAAUCCAAUGGACAUUGGUGGCCCUGUAUUGAUAAUUCCUAUAAUAGUUUUCCAAGUUCUUCUUUGUAUGCGCUUAGAGGGCACCCCAUCUAAUGCACAUUUUAUCCCAAUGCGAGCUAUUUUUCUGCCCAUAAUUUUGCUGCAAGUUGCUGCUCUAUCUUUUGCUAUUUGGAGAUUCUUCGACAGGCUUCUUACUAAACUUCAAGAUGGAAUUAUCAGUCAAGGACAUAUUUCUGUGUCUUCGAAAGUUAAUGAGCUGUUUAUGAUGAUACAAUAUGGUUCAAGGCUCCUUCACUGGUGGUCUAUUGAUGAAGAUAGCAGAGAGGAACAGGCUCACUUAUGCUAUGCAAAUAACAUUGGCUAUAGUACCUUUUGCAGUUAUCCACCAGAGGUGGUAAAAGAGAUGCCAAAGAAAGUUCUUGUCAAAGAGGUAGAGAGACUUCAACUAGCCUUGGAAGAGCAAACUGAAAUGGCAAAUCAUAGCCAACAGCAGUGUGAUAGGCUAAAAAAUGAACGGAUCUUGUGCCGAAUUUGCUUUGAAAGAGACAUCUGCAUUGUUCUGCUUCCCUGCCGCCAUCAUGUUCUAUGCGAGCCCUGCUCUAACAAGUGCCAGUCAUGCCCAAUUUGCCGAUUGAUCAUUGAGAGCAGGUUAUCUGUUAAUGAUGCAGUAUUGUCAGCCAAUCCAUUAUGUGAUGCAGUUUAGAAGUCCACAUGUUGGCAGUCGGUUCUAGGGUACCGACUUCUUGUGUCGGCAAAGAUGACCCACAUUGAUUCCUAUCGAGGAAGACAAGUUGUGAAAUUCUUGGUAUGAAAUUUGGAAGAAAGUGAGGAUAAGUCUUCUAUUGUCAGAUCGGAGUACAAGAAAAAUCAAAAGCCACACUGUACAUCCUUCUGUAGUGAUAUGACACAAAGGAAGUGGGAAGCGUAUGAGUUCUUGAGCUCUUGGAUUGCACAUAUAUAUAGCCAAUAUCAAUAACCACUUAAAUAACUGAUCUUUGUUCGGCCAGCCAUAUAUGACAUCUGGCCAGUUUUGUAUAGUUCCUGAGUGAAUUCUGCUAACAGAUGGACGGAGAAACCAAGAAAACAUGUGCAAACUGGAACUUCAGGCGGUUGUCACUAGAUGUUCUUUGGCGUUCAGGAAAAAAAAGCAAAUCUCAGUCUGUUCUACUUUGACAAGUUUAUGAAGUUGCACAACAAUGGCUUCACCUUUCCCUAAUGGAGUUUCGACAUGUAAACAGCUUACAUGCAUAUGUACAGAUGCGACAAUAAUGUCUCUGUCAAUUUUAUCUCCAAGGUAUAAGAGCAUUGAGCUUUCUCCUGGUCAUGUCAAAUAAUGAGAGCAUGAGCAUCUAUUGUAUGCGCAUGUCAUGUCGACCCUCAUGCGUCCUUUGUCCACCGUACCAGAACAUCACUUUGCAGUACGAGAAUUGACUCUCAAGUCAAUAUUUGUGGCUAGCCACAACCUACACCUCUUUUGUCACGUUGCUAUGAUUUCGCAUGUCUUGUGGCCUUCAAUCCUCCGGUACUCUUUGGAGAUCUCCGCAUAGCGUCGGAAGGACAACCGAGAUUGUGUGCCGGUGCCAAUAUUUGCGAGGAAGUUGCUAGGUGCAUGCUCCGCAUGAUCGGCAAAGGACUGGUCAUUCCAUUUUUGUCAUCCUUAUCCUUGUUGCCUUCAUGUGUAUGUCACCUUUGUUGCUAUAGUCCUGCUUUUGCUACCUCUGUGUGAUGAUAUGCGUCCUAUCCAGAAUGCGAUGGCAAGCUGGUGGCAAUGCAGAUAAGAACAUGUUUUCUUGGUUAGCUGAGAAUGGGAAAAUGCUAGUGCACCAUUCGAUGAAUCAAGGGGUGUGAGUGUUUCGGCUAUUUUUCGAGAAGUUCGGCUAUUUGUUAAGGAUGUGAGUAUCUGAGCUGACUAUUCAAUCUAGAGGUUGUUCACGGCUGAGUCUGCUUUGGCUCGGUUGAGAGACA